AUGUGCAAAGCCUUUCUGUCUGCAGGAAGCUGCUCUGAAUGCCACAGCAACGCCACCUGCAAGGAGGAUGGGGCUGCCACCACAUGCUCCUGUCAGGAGGGUUUCACUGGCAAUGGCCUAGUGUGCAUGGACCUAGAUGAAUGUGCCAUUUUGGGGGCACACAACUGCCCAGGGGACAGCAGCUGCGUGAAUACGCUGGGCUCCUACACGUGCGUCUGCCCUGAGGGCUUCCACCUUAACCCCGGGCUCAGCUGCACUGACGUGGAUGAGUGCGUGGAACCAGGACUCAGCCACUGUCACACCCUGGCCACCUGUGUCAACAGCCAGGGCAACUACUCAUGUGUGUGUCCCGAGGGCUACUGGGGGGACGGGUGGCACUGCGAGUGUUCCCCAGGCUCUUGCAGGCCGGGGCUGGACUGCGUGCCCGAGGGUGACACGCUCGUGUGUGCAGAUCCGUGCUGGACGCACAGCAUCCUGGAUGAGUACUGGCGCAGUGCCAGCUAUGGGGCGGGCUAUGCCUGUGACUCCAAACUGAGUGGCUGGUACCGCUUCGUGGGGCCAGGCGGCGUGCGCCUGGCUGAUACUUGUGUGCCUGCCCUGCGCUGCAAUACGGCCGCGCCCAUGUGGCUCAAUGGCACGCACCCAUCCAGUGAUGAGGCCAUCGUGACCCGCACAGCCUGUGCGCACUGGAGCGGCCACUGCUGCCUGUGGGACGUGCCCAUACAAGUGAAGGCCUGUGACGGCGGCUACUACGUCUACAACCUGACAGCGCCCCCCGUGUGCCAUCUGGCAUACUGCACAGACCCCAGCUCAGUGUUGGGGACGUGUGAGGAGUGCAGCAUAGAUGAGGACUGCAAAUCGGAUAGCGGCAGAUGGCGCUGCCAGUGCAAACAGGACUUCAACGUCACUGAUCUUUCCCUACUGGAGCACAGGCUGGAGUGUGGGGCUAGUGACAUCAAGGUGUCCCUGGGCAAGUGCCAGCUGAGCAGCCUGGGCUUUGAGAAGGUCUUCAUGUACCUGCGUGACAGCCAGUGCUCAGGCUUCAUGGAGAGGGGCGACCGGGACUGGAUGUCUGUGGUGACCCCAGCCAGGGAUGGCCCCUGUGGGACGGUGCUGACAAGGAAUGAAACUCAUGCCACGUACAGCAACACCCUCUACCUGGCAGAUGCGAUCAUCAUCCGUGACCUCAACAUCAAAAUCAACUUUGCCUGCUCCUACCCACUGGACAUGAAAGUCAGUCUGAAGACCUCCUUGCAGCCAAUGGUCAGUGUCCUGAACAUCAGUGUGGGCGGGACAGGCAUGUUCACUGUGCGGAUGGCGCUCUUCCAGAACCCCGCCUACACGCAGCCCUACCAAGGAUCCUCGGUGACCCUGUCCACUGAGGCCUUUCUCUACGUGGGCACCGUGAUAGAUGGGGGUGAUCUGUCCCAGUUUGUACUGCUGAUGACUAAUUGUUACGCCACGCCCAGUGGCAAUGCCACAGACCCCUUGAAGUACUUCAUCAUCCAGGAUCGAUGUCCACACACCCGGGACUCAACCAUCCAAGUGAUAGAGAACGGGGAGUCCCCUCAGGGCCGAUUUUCCAUCCAGAUGUUCCGUUUUGCGGGAAACCACGACCUGGUCUACCUGCACUGUGAAGUGUAUCUCUGCGACACUAUGAGUGAGAAGUGCAAACCUCCCUGCUCUGGGCCCAGAUUCCGCAGUGGGAGCAUCACAGACCAAACCCACGUCCUGAACUUGGGCCCCAUCAUACGGAAAGGUAUCCAGGCCACUGUCUCCAGGGCUGCUUCCAGUGGCUUGGGGCUCCUACAGGUCUGGCUGCCUCUGCUUCUGUCGGCAUCCUUGACCCUGAUGUCCCAGUGACUGGCAGCCAGAAACCCUGGGCUCUGUGGCUACCAACUCACCGCCUGUUGGCUGCGGACGCGAUGCAGGCGAGUGUUCCAGCCACAGAAAAGGGAGCUCACCUUUCAGUCAACCGGCCCCUAUUUUGUCCCAUUGAAUCCUUGCUAUUGAAAAACAGCUGUGUCUUUAAAUGCUGCCUUCUCUCAAAAUGCAAUCUGUCCCAUACCUGCAUAUGAGGCCCCUGUCUCCUUAAAGAGUAUGGCAAAAUAAUAACUUUAAAA